CGGCGCUGCGCGAGCGCGGGAUGAAGGAGAGGAGGGCCAGGCAGGCGCUGGAGAGGGAUCUCAUGCAGCGGGAGGAUGUGGGGAGCGCGGCGAACACGCAGAACGAGGAAGAUCACGUGUCCGCCGAAUUCGGCAAUUUCGAUUGGGCUCGGAGAUUGUCGCGAUUUAUCGCACGCCAUCCGCACCGAUGGGACGAGUAUCAUGAGAAUGUCCCGGCAAUGCCGGAAGAAGCGGCAAUUCCGGUGAUUCAGAACACGAUCGAAACGCUGGAGUGGCAGGAAGACGAACGGCGCAUGUUGAUGAAUUGGCUGGACUUCUUCGCGCACGGAGGCUUGCUGCAGAACCAGAACAACUUCGCGCACGCGCUGCAGAUUCAGGGAAUUACGUUCGAUGUGCUGGAUGCGUUCUUGACGCUGAUGAUCCCGUUCUUGAAGGCGGGAGUGCGUAGCGAAUACACUGUGCAGACGUUUAUCAAGCAGAAGCCUUCGGUGAUUUGCGACCUGGAAGUUGUCAUCUCGCCGGCGAAUGCGAGAGCGCUGCCUGAGGAUAUUGACGUCGAUACGGCGAAGGUUAUUUUGCAUCAUAGUUGA